AUGAACUCCCAAACCGAUGACGCCCCUCUCUUCUCGAGUUCCUUGAUCUCUCCUGAAGUGGUCGCUGCUCUCCCAGAGGGAUACACUAUCCGUCCUGUUCGCCGUUCCGACUACAAGCGGGGUUUCCUCGAUGUCCUCCGUGUGUUGACCACCGUCGGCGACAUCACUGAGGAGCAAUGGAGCCAGCGGUUUGACUGGAUCUCUGCCCGUAAUGACGAGUAUUACUUGCUUGUGAUCUGCGAUAACACGGACCGUGUCGUCGGUACCGGCAGUUUGCUUGUCGAGCGGAAGUUCAUCCACUCUCUUGGCAUGGUUGGGCACAUCGAAGAUAUUGCCGUUGAUCAGUCGCAGCAGGGAAAGAAAUUGGGCUUGAGGCUCAUCCAGGCUUUGGACUACGUGGCUGCUAACGUCGGUUGUUACAAGAGCAUCCUUGAUUGCUCCGAACACAAUGAGGGCUUCUACCUCAAGUGUGGCUUUAAGCGUGCCGGCCUGGAAAUGGCCCACUACUACUAG